AUGUGGGUUAAGGAGGUAGGUGCAUCUCCCGCUAAUCCCGCCGCGGGGGCGGCAGCACCGUUUAUUCCAUCCGAUGUGAUUGUGGGGCAGAUUGCGCCAUUAAUUCCUCUUUCAGUUGAGCGCAUCCGCGAGCUUGUGGAACGCUUUGACGAGGACAAAAUUGGAGGUCUAACUGAGACGCAAUGGGUGCUGUUUUGCGAGGAAAAUCAAAAGUAUUUUGCCUCCUUGGGCGAGGAUAGGAUGUGUUUUGGGCGCUUUCUUGGGUAUUGUGUUCCCGAUGCAACUCAGCAGCCCAGCCGUACCCGUCGCUUUGGUCAGGCUGUCGUGCGCUUUUUAGAGGGAUUUGCAGCAGGCGGUGUCGCUGGUGCCGUGAGCAAAACCGUGAUAGCGCCGGGAGACAGGGUAAAGAUCAUUUUUCAGGUUGAUUCAGGAAGACGCUUUACACUAGGCAACGCGGUGCGAUUAGGCGUAAAGACGGUGCGCGAUCACGGGUUUUUGGGACUCUGGAUUGGAAAUGGUGCGAUGAUGAUGCGUGUAGUGCCAUAUAGUGCCAUUACUUUUGUGUCUUUCGACUACUACCACAGUGGACUUGUCUAUUUGUCGAAGUAUCAUCACGUAGACGGGGCCACUGACGAAAGUUUAGCCGUAGCUUUGCGUUUCUUGGGGGGUUCUUUCGCUGGGGCGACAGCAACUACCUGCACCUAUCCCUUAGAUUUAAUGCGGGCUCGACUUGCAUUUCACAGCUGCAGUGAGGAAAAGCUUCCAAGCUAUCGCGUUGCGUGCAACACAUUGGUGAAGACACAUGGCUGGAAAGCGCUCUACGCUGGUUUGGUUCCCACACUUGUGGGUAUUAUGCCGUAUGCGGGGUGUAGCUUUGCUGUUUUUGAAACACUGAAGAGUCGUAUUGUUAAAUGGCGUAAUCUUCCCUCGGACAAGGCUAUCUCUGUGCAUGAGCGAAUGGUAGCCGGUGGACUGGCUGGUCUUAUUGCUCAGUCCGCCACUUACCCAUUGGAUAUUGUGCGUCGGCGUAUGCAGGUGGCUCCUAGACGUUACCGUGGUGUGUUUCACGCCCUCCGGUUAAUCUAUAAGGAAGAAGGUCUUUUACAAGGUUGGUACAAAGGACUGCAAAUGAAUUGGAUCAAAGGGCCAAUUGCUGUCGCCACGGGGUUCACCGUCAACGAUAUCGUUAAGAGGCGUAUGCGAGAGUAUGACGAAAAAUAUGCUCAGUAUUCUCAUCGAGAGUAUCUGGUGACAAUUCCAGAGGCACUUGCAUGUGGUGGGGUGGCGGCUGGAGUGGCAAAACUCUGGACUGUACCAUUUGAUCGAUUAAAAAUUAUGUAUCAAGUAGGUCUGGGCGCCUCUGAUACACAUAAGUUUGGAAGUCAAGGAUUUGCGUUCAAGGGUAAUAUGUAUGCUGAGAACCCAAAUAUAUGGCAAGGUAGUGGAAUCACCAUGAUGAGAGUCAUUCCUUACGGGGCGCUUGCAUACUGUUUCUUUGAUAUUUUUCAAACCGCCUCUGAACGACUACUGUUUUCUUUAACUCCUACACCUGCCACCAAUUUUCUUGCGGGUGGAGCAGCAGCGGCGUUGACGACAACCAUCUUAUAUCCGCUUGAUCUUGUACGUACCAAAGCUGCUACCAAUAGACUUCCGUCAUUUUCGCAAUCGUAUUACUGGACACUGCGUGAUAUGGCGCGACAGAAGGGUCUACGCUCACUUUGGGAGGGUGGCUCGCUUGCCGUCAUGGGUGUGGUUCCCUGUGCCGGUAUAGGAUUUGCCACUUAUGAAUUUAUCAAGGAAAGAUAUGAAUGCGCAAACUUUGGUCAACGGCUUCUUGCCGGCAUGUGUGCUGGGGUCGCUGGUCAAUUCACGACGUAUCCUCUUAACAUUGCUAGGCGACAACGGCAGGUUGAGCAACUUGCGUACUCGGGGUUGGGCGACCUUAAAAAGGUGUUUAUGAAUCCCGGAUUCUAUGCUUCAUUGUACAGGAAACCGCAUUUUGGCCUAUCAAUAGGUCCAAUGGCGUUGGGGAUGUCGUUUGCUCUCAAUGACUUCUGCCGUGAUGGGGUUGUCAAGGCGCGAAAGGAAAUUUUGCACGAUUUAUUUUUUACUGGUUCGGCAGCGUAA